GCAGAUGGUUUCAAAUCGGAAUUGGCAAAUUCGCUGUUGAAUGGCGAGGUUUUACUAUCGAUUGCCCGUGAGGAAAGUGAGGAGAAGCAGAAUGGUUGUGUGCAAGAAGAUGCAAGUGGUCGUCUGGAGACACCGCGACAUAGGCGGAAAAUGACUGCAGCCGAUUAUGAUUUCCCGGAAGAUAUGAUGAAAAAUCUUUUCAAGUAA